AUGAAGAUUCGCUCUUCUCGCAUCUCCGUCUCAAUAGCAAAGGCAAUAUGCAAACGUCACGGCUCUUCAAAAAUAGGGCUCAUCAAAGCCAUCAACGCUUUUUUCCGCUUCUUCAAACUCUUCCUCUCGCGCUAUCGCUCCGUCGAUUUUCUAGCGCUGCGAAAAGAAGUCUGGCAAAUUGACGAAGACGAGUAUCACAUUUCUUUCGAGGCCGAUACCAAAGACUCGCUCUUGCCCAUCGGGGAUCUGGGUUAUAGCGGCUCUACUUUCUUCACCACAGCGAAUGAGAAGUAUCUCAUUAAGUCGCUGCCCAGACGCUUCGAACAUGAUUUCUUCGCCAAGGAACUACUGGACCCGUAUGUCAGACACAUGAAGAAUCAGCCGCACAGUUUACUCGUCCGUAUCAUGGAUCUCGUUUAUGCACCACACAAGUCUAUCGGUGGAAUGCUCGGUGCUGCGCCUACGCAUCACAUUGUCAUGGAGAAUUUGCUCUUCGGGAAGCCUCACGGUGAACAAGCCAAGACGUGGGAGACGUACGAUCUCAAGCCAAACGACUACUUCUUCCCUGAACGAGAUAUCGCAAACGGUGCUCUGGUGCCGGAUAGUGUGAUAGACCGUCUCGUUGACGAAUUCCCCGACAAAGUCCGCGUCACACGUCAGGCCAAAGAUGAGCUCCUCUCCCUCCUCUUCGCAGACUCAGCACUCCUAGCCUCCCACAACGCAGUCGACUACUCGCUCUUCCUCGUGCGGUACCCCGUGGGUAGCGAGGUACCAGUCGUGGAAUCCGAUGCAGGAAAUUGGCGGCGAGGAGUGGAUGAUGUGGAAGGAAAGUGGACGUACCGAUGUGUCCUGCUAGACUUUUUCUGGACAAAGCAUGCACUUCAAGCGCGAGCGUUGACAAAGGUUGUCAAGAUCUUUAACAAGAUUACUCACAAGGGGCCCAUGAGUAUUACUGCGGAUCCGGCCGAGUAUAGGGACAGGUUUAUGAAUAUGGUGGACGAGAUGGUUGUCGUGGGGUGA